CCCGAGCCGAAGCGCUUUACCGUCGCAGACGGGCAACUUAUGGAGAUAGCCACAGCCUCCCUCCCCGCGCUGCUUCGUCUGGGCAGUGGCGGCUUAAGCCUGGGCUAUCAAGUUGGCCUGACAGAGGACGAUGGGAAGUAUGCGGUAGCGAGGGUGGGCGGGCGCAAGGUCGCGGAGUCGUCGCAGGUGGCCAAUCUGCGGCGGCCUGCCGAGCCCCUGGAGCUCUACGAGUUCGAGGGCUGCCCCUUCUGCAAAAAGGUGCGGGAGGCCAUUUGCAUCCUGGACCUUGAUGUCCUGGUGUACCCCUGCCCCAAGGAUGGAGCCACUUGGAGACCCAAGGCCAUCUCGCUUGGCGGUAAGCGGCAGUUCCCGUUCCUCGUGGACCCCAACAGCGGGAAGCAAAUGUACGAGAGUGAUGACAUCAUCGCCUACCUGUUCCAGGAGUACGGCAACGGUGCGGAGGUGCCUCUGCCCCUCCGCCUGGGCGCCCUUACGACCAUCUCAUGUGCCGUGGGAGCAGCCCCGAGGGCCGCUCGAGGCAACGUCUACCGCAAGUCUCGCCUGCCUGCGCAACCGUUGGUGUUUUGGGGCUAUGAGAUGAGUCCCUUCGUCAAGCUGGCUAGGGAGGUCCUGUGCGAGCUGGAGCUGCCGUACCUGUACCGCACCGCGGCACGUGGCAGCCCGAAGCGUCAAGAGCUCCUGGACAAGCGCGGCGUGUUCCAGGCACGUGGGGGUCGUGUGCCGUACCUAGAGGACCCGAAUGAGGGCGUCUACCUGUUCGAGUCGUCCGCCAUUGUCCAGUACUUGAACGACACGUACGGCGUCAAGGCCUGA